AUGGCUCUGCCCCAGGUCAAAUCCCUGCAGGACUGCGUUGACUACUCAAAGGUAGUUGAGCCUUUCCUGCCCCAGCUCUACCAGCUACCCCACCACAUCUGGGAGAGCAUCGACAGCCUCGACGCCCUGAGAGAGCUCUAUGUCACGACGAAUCCCUUGAUUUCAGGCUUUGCGGCGUCUCUUGUCGUUGGGCUUCUCGCCUUGAUUGUGUCCGAGAUCAAUCGCAACUAUUCUCAGAUCGACCGGCUGUGGAGCAUCCUGCCCAACCUAUACGUUGUCCACAUCGCGCUCUGGGCACGUGUAGCUGGUUUGCCGCAUGGUCGAGUGGAUUUGAUUGCUCUUUGUACGACCUUAUGGAGUAUUCGUUUGACGUACAACUACUGGAGACGUGGUGGCUACAACAUUGGCUCUGAAGACUACAGAUGGAUGAUUGUCAAAGCGCAACUCAACUCAGUUGUCUGGUUCAUCUUCAACGUCACCUUCAUUUCGUUUAUCCAGAGCAUCCUCCUGUAUCUCUUCUCAUGUGUGCCGGCGUACGUCAUCUUGCUGUCAUCCCAGUUUGAGCCUGAAGUUCAGGCAGUUGAUAUGGUCUUUGCCGGCGUUGAGAUUCUUCUCGUCCUGAGCGAAUGGAUAAGCGAUGGCCAGCAAUGGGCUUAUCAAACCGCCAAAUACAAAUACAAGGACACUGGAAAACUUACCAGUGGAUACACAUCCGCUGAGCUGGAUAGGGGCUUCAUCACAACCGGCCUCUGGGCUUAUAGCCGACACCCUAACUUCUUUGCUGAACAAACCAUUUGGUUCAUGCUUUACCAAUGGAGCUGCUUCGCCACCAACACCCCAUAUAGCUGGGCUGGCAUCGGUGCCGUCCUCUUGGUUUUGCUUUUCCAGGGCUCCACUAACCUUACUGAGAACAUCACGUCUGGUAAAUAUCCAGAGUACAAAGCCUAUCAAAAUCACGUUGGCAUGUUCAUCCCCAAGACACUGAUUCCGUAUGCGACCCCUGGGCCGAAAGUCAUCCGGUCGAGCGAGCUGAUUAAGCGUGCUGAGCAGAAGCAGAAGCACAAGAAGAAGCAAGGCUGA